AUGAAGGGCCCCUGUGUCAUCGCGUGGCUGUUCUCCAGCCUGGGCUGGUGGAGACUGGCCCAGCCCAUGACAGACGCUUCUCAGUGCCAGAGAGCGGAGCACCCAGUCAUUUCCUAUAAAGAAAUUGGCCCCUGGUUACGGGAGUUCAGAGCGAAGAAUGCUGUGGAUUUCUCGCAGUUAACAUUUGACCCAGGACAGAAAGAACUUGUUGUAGGAGCAAGAAACUACCUCUUCAGGUUACAGCUGGACGAUUUGUCUCUGAUCCAGGCUGAGGAGUGGGAGUGUGAUGAAGCGACCAAGAAGGCCUGUUACAGUAAGGGCAAAUCGGAGGAUGAAUGUCAGAACUACAUCCGGGUGCUUUUAGUAGCCGGCGACUGGCUAUUUACCUGUGGGACCCACGCUUUCACCCCCAUCUGCAGCAAUCGCACGUUGAGUAACCUGACAGAGAUCCAUGACGUGAUCAGUGGUAUGGCCCGCUGUCCCUACAGCCCCCAGCACAAUUCCACGGCUCUCCUCACGGCCAGCGGGGAGCUGUAUGCUGCUACAGCCAUGGAUUUCCCCGGACGCGAUCCCGCCAUUUACAGAAGCCUGGGCCUCUUGCCUCCUCUCCGUACAGCCCAGUACAACUCCAAGUGGCUUAAUGAACCAAACUUCGUGUCAUCUUAUGCCAUUGGGAAUUUCACCUACUUCUUUUUCCGAGAAAACGCUGUGGAGCAUGACUGUGGGAAGACCGUGUUCUCCAGAGCUGCCCGGGUCUGCAAGAACGACGUGGGGGGGCGGUUCCUGCUGGAGGACACCUGGACCACCUUCAUGAAGGCCCGCCUCAACUGCUCCCGCCCCGGGGAGGUGCCCUUCUACUACAAUGAGCUGCAGGGCACCUUCUUCCUGCCCGAGCUUGAUUUGAUCUACGGCAUCUUCACCACCAAUGUGAACAGCAUUGCUGCAUCGGCCGUGUGUGUCUUCAACCUGAGCGCCAUCUCGCAGGCCUUCAACGGGCCCUUCAAGUACCAGGAGAACUCACGCUCCGCCUGGCUGCCGUAUCCCAAUCCCAACCCCAACUUCCAGUGUGGCACGGUGGACCAGGGAAUGUACAUGAGUCUGACAGAAAGGAACCUGCAGGACGCUCAGAAGUUCAUCCUGAUGCAGGAGGUAGUGCAGCCCGUGACUUCAGUGCCAGCCUUCAUGGAGGACAACAGCCGCUUCUCCCAUAUCGCUGUCGACCUGGUCCAGGGCAGGGAUGCCCUCAUCCACACCAUCUACUUGGCCACAGAUUACGGCACCAUUAAGAAGGUGCGGGCGCCGCUGACGGCGAGCUCGGGGAGCUGCGUGCUGGAAGAGAUUGAGCUCUUCCCGGAGAGGAGGCAGGAGCCCGUCCGGAGCCUGCAGAUCCUGCACAGCCAGAGCGUCCUGUUCGUGGGCCUGCGGGAGCACGUGGCCCGGAUCCCGCUGAAGAGGUGCCCGUUCCACCGCACGCGCAGUGCCUGCAUCGGGGCCCAGGACCCUUACUGUGGCUGGGAUGUGGUGAUGAAGAAGUGCACCAGCCUGGAGGAGAGCCUGAGCAUGACUCAGUGGGAGCAGCCCCUCUCCACCUGUCCUACGAGGAACCUCACUGUAGAUGGGCACUUUGGUGCGUGGUCCCCAUGGAUGCCCUGCACGCACACGGAUGGCAGUGCCGUGGGAACCUGCCUCUGUCGCACCCGCGCUUGCGACAGCCCGGCCCCCCAGUGUGGUGGCUGGCAGUGCACGGGCCCCCGCAUGGAGAUCACCAACUGCUCCAGGAAUGGAGGCUGGACCCCCUGGACCUCCUGGUCUCCCUGCAGCACCACCUGUGGGAUUGGCUUCCAGGUGCGCCAGCGGUCCUGCAGCAACCCCACGCCCCGGCACGGGGGCAGGGUGUGCGUGGGACAGAACCGGGAGGAAAGAUACUGCAAUGAGCACCUGCUGUGCCCCCCGCAUGUGUUCUGGACUGGCUGGGGUCCGUGGGAGCGGUGCACAGCCCAGUGCGGGGGUGGCAUCCAGGCUCGCCGCAGGACUUGUGAGAAUGGACCCGACUGUGCCGGCUGCAACGUGGAGUACCAGCCUUGUAAUACCAACCCUUGCCCUGAGCUGAAGAAGACCACGCCCUGGACACCCUGGACGCCUGUCAACAUCUCUGACAACGGUGGCCACUAUGAGCAGCGAUUUCGGUACACGUGCAAAGCCCGCCUCCCCGACCCAAACUUGCUGGAAGUGGGAAGACAGAGGAUUGAAAUGCGGUACUGCUCCAGCGACGGGACCAGCGGCUGCUCCACGGAUGGUCUGUCUGGGGAUUUCAUGCGUGCCGGGAGAUACUCUGCCCACACCGUCAACGGGGCCUGGUCAGCCUGGACGUCAUGGUCCCAGUGCAGCCGAGACUGCAGCAGGGGCAUUCGGAACCGGAAGCGCGUUUGCAACAACCCUGAGCCCAAGUAUGGGGGCAUGCCCUGCCUGGGCCCGUCCCUGGAAUACCAGGAGUGCAACAUUCUGCCCUGCCCAGUGGAUGGCGUGUGGUCUUGCUGGUCCUCCUGGUCCAAAUGCUCAGCGACAUGUGGCGGUGGACACUACAUGAGGACACGCUCCUGCACAAACCCAGCGCCAGCCUACGGCGGGGACAUCUGCCUGGGGCUGCACACCGAGGAGGCACUCUGCAACACGCAGCCCUGCCCUGAGAGCUGGUCGGAGUGGUCAGACUGGUCGGAGUGCGAUGUGUCUGGAGUCCAGGUCCGUGCCCGCCAAUGCAUUCUUCUGUUCCCCGUGGGCAGCCAGUGUUCUGGAAACAGCACAGAGAGCCGGCUAUGUAUAUUUGAUUCCAAUUACAUCCCAGAAGUAUCUGUGGCAAGAUCCAGUAGCGUAGAAGAGAAAAGGUGUGGGGAGUUCAACAUGUUCCACAUGGUCGCUGUGGGGCUGAGCAGCUCCAUCCUGGGCUGCCUGCUCACACUCCUCGUCUACACCUACUGCCAGCGGUACCAGCAGCAAUCCCAUGAUGCCACCGUCAUCCACCCCAUCGCGCCCGCCCCGCUCAACACCAGCAUCACCAACCACAUCAACAAACUGGACAAGUAUGACUCGGUGGAGGCCAUCAAGGCAUUUAAUAAAAACAACUUGAUCCUAGAGGAGAGAAACAAAUACUUCAACCCACAUCUCACUGGGAAGACUUAUUCUAAUGCCUACUUUACAGAUCUCAACAAUUAUGAUGAGUACUAA